CGUCGGUUCGUGUGUUUAUAAUCAAUGCCCUCAGAAAAAAGAAAUAGUUUUAUAAAAAAUAGUGGAUAUUUUUGUGUUUGUGCUCUAGCUAAAAUGGAAAAUAUUUAAUUUUUGGCACUAGCAUUCAAGGAAAUUUUUAGGUUUGUUGGAAAUUGUGCCCCAAAUUAUAAGGUAGACAUCGCGCUAAUUCUGUAUGGUGCAGAAGCAAGAUGCCACAGCCACCACAAUAAAAUUGACAGCAAUUGCAAAAAUUAAAAGAAAUCACAAUCAUAGAAAAGUGAUUUUAGGGGGAAAAGUAGCAAAGAGUCAGCAAAAAUAUGUUCGAAAUUGUUUUGCAUUGAUAAUUUAUUUCUGUUCGUGUAGCUAGGCUUCAGUGAAGAAAAAACAGAAAACUGUGAUCUGCAACCAAAAUUUUUGUCUAAUAAUAAGAACUAUGUUUAACAACGGCAACAGUAAUAUGAACAACAGCAACUUUGGCACAAGAACUACUCUAAAUGCCGAUAAUAACACCACAGUCAUGUUAAAUAAUCAAACUACCUCCGAAACAAACACAACAACGCCCUCCGCCAUCUCCGCUACCGGUACCAUACCCAAAGAGAAAUCCUCAAAGUCAGCCAAACAACAACAGCCGCGUAAACCCCCACCGACCAUUGAAACCUUUUGGCCAUCCAUCAUGCAAGAAGUGCAGAGCACGGCCAUGGUAGAUGCCAAACAUCAGGCAUUGCCUUUAGCUCGUAUUAAGAAAAUUAUGAAAUUAGAUGAAAAUGCCAGAAUGAUAGCAGCAGAGGCUCCCCUGCUCUUUGCCAAGGCAUGUGAAUUUUUUAUACAGGAACUGACCAUGAGGGCAUGGAUUCAUACGGACGAAAGUAAACGAAGAACGCUGCAGAGAUCCGAUAUUGCUCAAGCCAUAGCCUCAUAUGAUCAAUUUGAUUUUCUUAUUGACAUUGUGCCCAGGGAAGAUAUAAAACCAUCAAGUCAUCAUAGAAAACACCAUAGCCAUGACAACCAUAAUGCAAGCCAGGCUAAUUCAGCAUCCACUACAAAUCCUGGUGGUGCUGCUGCUGGUGUGGAAAGCCAGGAGGUUGCAACAAAUCUAAAUACAAUACCUGCCGAAAGUGUGGUGCCAACUGCGGCUGUAGUCAACACCGCCAACACUACAACAAAUGCAAAUAUGAAUGCAGCAACCCCCAACAAUAGUCAACCCGCCCAAGUUUUAGCCACCACAGCAGCCCAUCCCAUGCAAUAUUUUAUAACACUUCCCGGCCAACAAGCUACCCAAGCACAAUUGGUGCAUCAACUGCAGCAACAAUCAAUACCGGCGCAACAACCCAUGCAAUAUUUUAUAACUCCCGGUCAACAAGCUGGCCAACCGCAACUGGUGCAUCAAUUACAACAACAAUCAAUACCUAUAGCGGCUAUGAAUUUGGUGGCACAACAACAGCCACAGCAGCAAGUUCAAGUUCUACAACAGGUGAUGAUGGCGCCGACGGGAGAAAUUGCAAAUGUGCCGAUUACCAUCAAUGCCAAUCAAUUAUUAAGAUUGCAGCAGCAACAACAACAACAACAGCAAACCGCACAAGCCACAUCUCAACAGGUUAUAAUGCUGACCCCACAACAACUAUUGCAAUUGCAACAAACUCAUCAUGGGAAUUCUACGAAUGGCCCAACCACAGCUCACAUAGUACAUCCACAAACACAUCAACAUCAUGGUCAGCCCACAAAUACGAUAUAUAUCAAUGCAGGCAAUGCAGCAGCUGCGUCAGCAAAUGCAUCCAUGGUUUCAACGGAUCGAAAUAUAGGCAAUACAUUUCGCAAUAAUUGCUAACCAAAAAGACACAAAGGAUCAUAAACAUCAAGCAGCUGGUGAUAGUUAUAUGUAUAUACGCAUAUAUAUAAAUAUAUGUACAUCUAUAAAUUCAACCAUCAUCAUCACAUAGAAAUGUCACAAAUAUAAUUUUGUAAAUUAUUUUAAUAUUUAUUAUUAUAUAUUCUCUUAGAUUUCAGUGUGUAUAGUUCAUUAAGACAAUGACGUAUCUUUUUUGUAUACUUUUGUGUUAACAAAUAAUUUGUCCCCUCUUUAAUAACAUUUUUUAUAUAAAUCAUUUUUGCUAAAA